CGCAAGGCCUCCGUUUGCAAAACACAUCUAUUGCCGAUAGAAGGAAAUGACCAGCUACCUGUGGCGGAAAUAUGCAGAUCACUUGUACACAAAGUGGGAGAAAACUUUCCUUUGGGACAUGAUUGAGCCAUACAGGCGGCCGAAAUCUUUUACACCACUCGUCACCAUCUAUGUAGCUGCGUUCUAUACGGGGGUCAUUGGAUCUGCUAUUACAGAGCAACUCUACAAGGAGAAAUAUUGGGAAGAUCACCCAGGAGAGGCAGUGCCCCUCAUGAAACCGAAGUUCUAUUAUGGUCCUUGGAAGGUGCAGAGGACAGAUUUCCUGCCACCGAACCAGUGAAAUUGAAAUCAGACUCUGUAAAAUGAAACAUGCAAUGGGGUGUCUUCAUUUUAUCAUUUGUCUCUGUAAUUUUUUUUUUGAUGA